AUGACGCUCAAAGAAGAGUUCCAGACUCGCAACUUCAGCAUCUACGGGCAAUGGCUGGGCAUUGCCUCGAUGAUUGUCUGCUUCGCGACAGGGCUGGCCAACAUCUUCAGCUUCCUUUCCGCGCCGAUCAUCAUUGUGUUCUGCGCGCUUGCUCUCGCCUCCUCGUUCAUCAUCCUCUUCAUUGAGAUUCCGUUCCUCCUGCGCAUCUGCCCGACGUCGGGCAAGUUCGACGAAAUGAUCCGCAAGGUCUCGACCAACUACAUGCGCUCGGCGACCUACGCCGUGAUGGCCGUGCUGCAGUUCCUCAGCACCAUCGGACCCGACACGUCGCUGAUCGCCGCCGGUAUCUUCCUGAGCCUGACUGCGCUGUGCUACUUGGCGGCCGCCAUCAAGGGCCAGGCAUUCAUCUCGAGUAAGACGCUGGGCGGCCAGGGCGUCGCCCAGAUGAUUGUCUGA